GUGGAGGCGCGGCGGGCGCUGGAGGAGCUGCUGGCGGUGGAGGGCGCGGAGCCGCGCGUGGCGGUGCGCUCGUCGGCGCUGGGCGAGGACUCGGAGGAGCUGUCGGCGGCCGGCCAGAACGAGACGCUGCUGGGGCUGCGCGGCGCAGACGAGGUGCUGCGCGGCCUCCGCCGCUGCUGGGCCUCUCUCUACGCCUUCCAGUCCGUCGAAUACCGCAGACAACACGGACAACCCAUUAUUUGUGGCAUGGGCGUGGUUGUGCAAGUCAUGGUGCCAGCCGAGAAAGCGGGGGUGUUGUUCACUCACCAUCCAGUCAGCGGAGCGGCACACCAGAUUCUCAUCACAGCCAACUAUGGGCUGGGAGAGACUGUAGUCUCUGCGCAAGUGGAGCCAGACAUGAUAGUGUUGGAGCGCGACUGGCAAGAUAAUCUAUCCAUCGCAGAGACUUCUUGCGGCACAAAGCGGCAUCGUAUGCAAAUGGACGAUGAAGGAGGUGUUACUAGUCACGAAAUAGAUAGCAGUGAAUCGAAACAGCUGUGCUUGUAUCCUGAAGAAAUUUUACGCCUGGGCAAGAUUGGCAUCGAACUGGAGAUCGCAUAUGGAGGACCUAGAGAUAUCGAGUGGGCGAUUGUGAAUGAUGACGUACAUCUUCUGCAGUCCCGGCCGAUCACAUCACUGGACGCUUGGACUCCAUCAGAACUAUUGCACGAACUUGAUGGAGCAAUUCCUACAGACACGGAAGUUCAAACGAUUGGAAAUACAGGGGAGGUGUUUCCAAAACUCACGUCGCCACUGGCUCAGUCCAUUUUGAUUCCCGUUCUUGACAAAGCGGUAUGCACUAGUGCUCAUGCGGACUACUGUAGGCACUGCUCUAACACUAUCAAUACCUCUCAUCAUCGAGUCUUGCUAAAUGUUCAUAAUACUAUGUACCGUACACUUGAAGAAAAAAUGACGACCGCAUUGAAAGUUGGGGAGAUUGCCAUAUACGGCCACGUAGCUUCCACACCUGAACUAUUUGGUUACGGGUUAGAGAGAUACGGAACAAUGACGAACAAAGGGAAAAUAAUGAAUUUGGUUGAUGCUUUAAAAAAUAGCGUAUUGAACAAUCGUCGUGUGAAGAAAGCCGAGGAAGUUCUUAAGUCUAUAAAAAUGAAUGAUUGCAAAUACACAACUCCAGAAAUGCUUUAUUUGGCAAUUACUCAAAAUAUAAAUAAAUUAUUGGAGGUGGCACGUUUUCAUAGCUGGACAUCGAGAGUGAGCGUUUUCUCGCAGAUAGUGGCAAUGUCGAUUUUAACAGAAGGAAGUGAAGAUCUCACAACCGAGCAUUACAAUGAUAUUUCGUUGCUUUUAUCAUCUUGCUCCGAUGUUGUAUCUGCGGAAGUACCAACUGAUAUUAAGGCUAUUGCAGAUUGCAUAGCUAAAUCUGAACGUGGAGCAGAAUUUUGCUCACUGCCACCAGAUUUAGCCGUAGAAUGGUUGCAGGCAAACACUGGCGAAGUUGCUGCAGUGUAUAAAAAAUUCAUUUCCAAGCAUGGCUAUCGGUGUAUUCAAGAAUUUGAUUUUAUGUCGGAAACGUGGUCAAUGAAACCAGAUGAUGUAGUGGGAACCAUACAAACCAUGGUCAGUUCCUAUAAUGUAAACGAAGCUGUCAAAGAAGUGGUGUCAGCAGAAGAUACAGUAAUGAGACUGAAGUCGGUAAAGCACGAUAAAACAAGGAAGGUGCUGAGCCUGCUGCUGCCGUGGUGCCGGCGCACCGUGGCGAGCCGCGAGCGCACCAAGGCGUCGUUCAUCGGCGUCGUGCACCAGAUGCGGUUGGCGUACCGCCGCCUGGCGCAGAUGCUGGUAGCUGGCGGCCGCCUGCCCGACGCGCACCUCAUCUUCUUCCUCACGCACUACGAGCUGGGCCAGCUGCUCGCCACGCGCAGCGCCGCGCUCAUCGCAAAAGCUGGUAGAAGACAACGGCUUUGGCCGCAAUGGGAGAAAUUGAAACUGCCCGAAAUGGUUAUCGGAUUGCCAAAACCUAUUGACGGCACGCCCGUGUGGGCGGGCACGGUGAUGGGGCGCGCGUGCGUGGUGCACCACCUGGGCGAGAUCUCGCAGCUGCGCAAGGGCGACAUCCUCGUCACGCGCAGCACCGACAUCGGCUGGAGCCCCUACUUCCCGCUGCUGGGCGGCGUCGUCACCGAGCUCGGAGGGCUCAUUUCGCACGGAGCUGUGGUUGCCCGAGAAUAUGGUUUACCGUGUAUUGUUGGAGUUGAAGGAGCUACUGAUCAUUUUAAGACUGGUGAUACUGUGUUGCUGGUGGGAACAACAGGAACUUUAGAAAAGGUGGAUAGCUGAUUACAUUGAAAGAACAGAGUAUCCAGAGGAAUAAAAAAGUGUGACUCGUGGAGCAAUUAUAAGU